AUGCAGGCACUCCGGCUGCUACUUCUCCUUCUCGCUGUCGUCGUGGGCGUCUCCGGCGGCCCCGGAGCCGAGGAUGCCGGAGGGGCGAGGACGUACAUCGUGCGGAUGGAUGCCGACGCAAAGCCGUCGGCUUUCCCCACGCACGCGCAUUGGUACGAGUCGGCGGUGCUGGCGGCGUCCGGGGACGGGGACUGGCCGGAGGGCGGCCCGCUGAUCCACACCUACUCCGCCGCGCUCCACGGCUUCUCCGCGCGGAUGUCGCCGUCCGCCGCGGCGUCCCUAGCGACCGCUCGAGGCGUGGCGGCCGUGGUGCCGGAGCGCGUCCGCCAGCUCGCCACCACGCGCUCCCCGCGCUUCCUCGGGAUGCUCUCCUCCCCACCCUCAGCCAUCCUCGCGGACUCCGACUUCGGCUCCGACCUCGUCAUCGCCAUCAUCGACACCGGCAUCUCCCCCACGCACCGCAGCUUCAGCGACCGGGGCCUCGGCCCGGUCCCGCCGAAAUGGCGCGGCGUGUGCGCCUCGGGCCCCGGCUUCCCGCCCAGCUCCUGCAACCGCAAGCUCGUCGGCGCCCGCUUCUUCUCCGCGGGCUACGAGACCACCUCCGGCCGGAUGAACGAGAGCGCCGAGAUCAGGUCCCCGCUCGACAACGACGGGCACGGCACGCACACGGCCUCCAUCGCCGCGGGGCGGUACGUGUUCCCGGCCUCCACCCUCGGCUACGCGCGCGGCGUCGCCUCCGGGAUGGCGCCCAAGGCGCGCCUCGCCGCAUACAAGGUGUGCUGGGUCGGCGGCUGCUUCGACUCCGACAUCCUCGCCGCCUUCGACGCCGCCGUCGACGACGGCGUCGACGUCGUCUCCCUCAGCGUCGGCGGCGUCGUCGUGCCAUACUACCUCGACGCCAUCGCCAUCGGGGCCUUCGGCGCCACCGAGGCCGGGAUCGUCGUCUCCGCUUCCGCCGGCAAUGGCGGCCCCGGCGGGCUCACCGUCACCAAUGUGGCGCCCUGGAUGACCACCGUCGGCGCUGGGUCCAUGGACCGCGCCUUCCCGGCCAACGUGCGCCUCGGCAACGGCCAGGUGCUCGACGGCGUCAGCGUCUACGGUGGGCCCGUGCUCCAGUCCGGCAAGAUGUACGAGCUGCUCUACGCUGGGGCUACAAACACCGGCGCAACACCCUCCGCCGCGGACGGCUACUCGGCGUCGAUGUGCCUCGACGGGUCGCUGGACCAGGCGGCCGUGCGCGGGAAGAUCGUGGUUUGCGACCGCGGCGUCAACUCGCGCGCAGCCAAGGGCGACGUGGUCCACCGCGCGGGGGCCGUCGGGAUGGUGCUUGCCAACGGUGCGUUCGACGGCGAGGGCCUAGUGGCUGACUGCCACGUACUCCCCGCCACAGCCGUCGGGGCCGCCUCCGGGGAGAAGCUCCGUAAGUACAUUGCGUCGUCUACUCCGCAGAAGCCGGCCACGGGCACCAUCCUCUUCGAAGGGACUCACCUCGGCGUGCACCCGGCGCCGAUGGUGGCGGCGUUCUCGGCGCGUGGCCCGAACCCCCAGUCUCCAGAGAUCCUCAAACCGGACCUGGUAGCCCCCGGUCUGAACAUCCUCGCUGCAUGGCCCAGCGGCGUUGGCCCGGCCGGCAUUCCCUCCGACGGCCGCCGCACGGAGUUCAACAUCCUCUCGGGCACCUCCAUGGCUUGCCCGCACAUCUCCGGCCUGGCCGCGCUGCUCAAGGCCGCGCACCCAACCUGGAGCCCCGCGGCGAUCAAGUCGGCGCUCAUGACCACGGCCUACGUCAAGGACAACAGCAACGGCACGAUGAUCGACGAGUCCACCGGCGCGGUGGCCGACGUGUUCGACUUCGGCGCCGGGCACGUCGACCCGAUGCGCGCCAUGGACCCUGGCCUCGUCUACGACAUCGCGCCCGCAGACUACGUCAACUUCCUCUGCAACCUGAACUACACCGAGCAGAACAUCCGGGCCAUCACGCGGCGCCAGGCCGACUGCCGCGGCGCGCGCCGCGCCGGCCACGCCGGCAACCUGAACUACCCGUCUCUGUCCGCCACGUUCGUCGCGGAUGGCACCAAUCAGACGAUGAAGACGCACUUCAUCCGGACGGUGACCAACGUCGGCGGCGGCAGGUCGGUGUACCGCGCGGCCAUCAGGGCGCCCGAGGGGAGCACCGUGGCGGUGCAGCCCAAGCAGCUGGUGUUCCGGCGCGACGGGCAGAAGCUGAGCUUCACGGUGCACGUCGAGGCUGCGAUGCCGACGCAGGCGAAGAAGAUGGAGCCCGGGAGCUCGCAGGUGAGGAGCGGGGCGCUGACGUGGAGCGACGGCAGGCAUGCCGUCGUUAGCCCAAUCGUCGUGACACUGCAAGCGCCAGUGCAGUAG